UAGUUGUUUCUUAUCCAUACUCUUAUCAUAUCAGUGGUCCAUGAUGACAACAUUGAGUUUUGUUGACAAAGUCUAUCUGACAAGACAAUGUCAAUGUUCAUAACUUCUAUGUUGUUUUGUCAUGACGUUGGUGACUGGUGAUUGUUGAUUAACAAUAAAUAUAAUAUUACUCAUUGUGUUAUCAUACAUCAAUUUUUGAAAGAUUUUCUUAUUGUGAUUAUUUAAGUAAUAGAUGUUUGUAAUUAACAACCAUGGGGAUUUUCGGUAAUUCUUCACCGUUUGAUCAAGAUGUUGAACGAGCUACGAGCGAAAACAAUACGAGCGAGGAAUGGGGACUGAUCAUGGAGAUCUGUGACCGCGCCGGCGCCUCCGCACAGAGCGCCAAGGAGUGUCUGCGCGCCGUCAUGAGACGUCUGGCGCACCCCGACCCUCACGUACAGGUACACGCCGCCACGCUGCUCGACGCCUGCGUCGCCAACUGCGGCCGCGCCUUCCAUCUAGAGGUGGCCUCGCGCGACUUCGAGACCGAGUACCGCCGCCUCCUGGCGCGCGCCCAGCCCGCCGUCGCACAGCGCAUGCGCGCGCUGCUGCGCAAGUGGGCCGAGGGAGAGUUCCGCGACGACCCACAGCUUGACCUCAUCCCCUCGCUGCACUCCAAGCUGCGC